UAUAUUCGGGACAGCCGUACCAUCGUCCUUGCCGUCCUGCCUUGUACCGUUGAUAUUGCAACUCAAGAAAUUCUGGCCUUUGCAGAAGAAGCCGACAAGAUGGGCGAACGUACCCUUGGCAUUCUCACCAAACCUGACUUGGUGAGAGAGUGCAGUGCUAAAGCUGUUGUCUGCAAUUUAGUACAGGGAACGAAGCGGCCUCUUACAUUGGGCUACUACGUUGUUCGAAAUCGAGGUGGCGAUGACGACCAAGUUGAAGACUACAAUGUACAUGAACGAGAGGAGAUGUUCAAAGAAGACCCCUGGCACUUAUGGCCGGAUGACCGUGUGGGCAUCGACGCGUUGCGUGAGAGGUUGCAGGAGCUGUUGGGCCAAAUCAUGGACAAGGCUUUCCUGAAACUUCGAGCGGAAACACGCCACAUUCUUACACAUACUCAAGAGAGUUUGGCAAAACUUGGACCUCCGCGACAAACGGAGCGAGAGCAGCAACAGUAUCUGGCGGCUGUGGCAGGCAAGUUCCAGGCUAUCGUUCGAGCCGCGCUCGAUGCCGAUUACUCGCAAUUCAGCCUUCAAUUUCAGGCCUGUUCUCAUGCCUAUCGCUUUGGCGGGUCCUCAGUCGAAGAAGGCGCCCUGGCAUUCCCAAAUGACGAUCGCCAAUCCUAUGACAGCGAAGGCUACGAUGGCAAUCACAGCGAAGCCGCAGCACUCCCAGAUGAGGAUUUCCAAGGCUAUAAUAGCGAAGUUGAUUCAUCUGAUCAAGUUCCCGGAUUGGAUGCUAUUAUCGUAAGAGAAGGAUCAACACCCGAACCUAAAGCAGGCAUCAUGGCCUGGAUUUCUCGCAUGCAUCGGCGUUUGCGAGGCCCGGAGCUGGGAACAUUCGGGCUGCGCUUGCUCUCUAAUGCCUUCUGCGAGCAAUCUGUGAGGUGGGGUUCUAUGACAAAACAGUAUCUCAGCAAGAUUGUUUUAGUCACCCACAAGUUUAUCCUCAAGACUCUGAAGGAGGUCUGUACGGAUUCCAAGGUUCGCGAGGAACUCAUUUCUAUUAUUCUAGGCGAACUUCUCGACAGGUACGCCAAAGGCAUCGAUCAUGCCAUGUAUUUGGUGGAUGUCGAAAGAGACAAAUGGUGA